AUGGGUCGCGUCAGUCACUGUCUCUCACCUCCUGGUCAGGAUUCUAGAUCGAGGUGGCCUCUUCCUUGGCUGUAUUGUCGAGUCGUGCCGUUGGAGUUUGUGACUAAGUGGUCACUCUCCUUGACUACCGAGCCACUGUUUGUGGAUUCUCGUGUAGGUAUGGUCACGUCAUUGGUUCCCGUGGGAUGUGUUGUCAUGUUGCGUAUUGGUUUCCGCAUAGGAGAGUCAUCCGGCGGAUCAAGCUUUGGUUAUUCUAACCUUCAGCAAAGCAUCCAUACUUGCCUUAGCGAUCUCCAUCAGGUUUUCAAUCCUUCGGUUGUAUUCUCGGGCAGAGUCACUGACGAAAUUAACCAUCUUCGUAGUCAUCAUGCUCGUCGGGACGAGUUGGAUCAGACCCUCGCCUCUCUAGAUCAAGCCAAUAUGUUGUUGGCAAAUGUCCGACACGAUCUGGAGGUUGGAAAGGGAAAAUCUGGAGAUGAUCUCGCAGCUCUCCAAAGGAAGCUUAACGAGGCUAAUGAUCGGUUAUCUAACUCUAAAUUCCUGGCCGCGGAGUUUAAGAAGACUCAGGACUAUGUUGAUCUGCAGAAUGCCGCCAUGGAAUGUGGCGUGUCCUAGUCCCUCUGUCAAGUCUCUAAAAAGCAUCCCGAUGUUGACUAUUCCUUCAUUCAGGAGCGUUUUCGGGCUGAAUGUAAUGCUCCUGAUGACAUGGAUGAUAGUCACGAUGAUGAGUAGGAGUCGAAUCG